AUGGACACUAUGCUUCUCGCUCUCACUGAAAGAAAGGUCGAGUUUCAUAGCAAGCCUCACGAAAUCGGUUGGUACGGCACCAGCCGCGAGCAGAAGGAAGGAAAGGUGCUCACAAACGAGGGGCUCACUCCAAUCGGAACAUCUACUCCCAGCAACCCACGAGGACUCAUGUCGCCUGGACGUGCGGCACCAGAAAGCGAUGCGAGCGCAUUUGUGGAAAUAUCCGCAACUGCACGGUCAAAGUGUGAGCGGUUUUGCAGAUGCCAGUGCCACCGGAUUACAGACAAGACAUGGCCGAAGUGGCUCCAACCGGUCGUGGGUUCUUUGUUCAUCCAGUACAACAGCUUCCCAGUACUGGACAGUCGACCAUGCAAUAGUCCGCUGUGUAACUCGAACUCGGCCGCCGCAAUCAGGGUGCAGUACCUUUUCCCCCGAUGGGCGUUGUCGAGGGCGAUGCACAUAAGCAUGGCAUGGUGCAGCCUUACCGGCACUGGCGCGUCUUUGCAUCUAAAGGUCCCAAGGGUGAACACGCCCCCCAAUAUGGCCUUCCUCCUGGAGUACGACCGGGGUGACAUCAUUCGAGGCCUGAUUUCUAACGGGAAACUCUUACCGAGCGAUGUCGAUGAUUUUGGGAACCCUUGGCUGUUGCGUUGUGUUGGGACUUUUGCUACGCAGAGUGCUAGUAUUUUGCUUGAAAGUGGGUUUGAUAUAACCAUGUCCAACAUGCGCGGAGAAUCUGCCUUUAGCAACAUGCUUCCAACCCUCACACGCCACCAAAAAGGAGAUGGGUCUUAUAUGCCAGAAUCAUGGGCGGAUGCAGUCCAGAAGGUGAUGGAUGACCAUGAACCUGGUUAUACGCUCAUACACAAAAGUCUCAUCGGUCUUGCCCCAAUCUCGCUCGAGCGUGCAAUCAGUGAAGAGCCGCAUGCGAUCGACACACCAGACUUCAUUUCGGGCUCUUCGCCCCUUUUUCUCGCUAUCCAAAUCCAGGAUACCGAAGCGGUACGGCAACUUCUUAACCGGGGCAGUAACGUCAACCUUCCGAAUCGACGACAAGCAUUGACGCCACUAAUGCUUGCAUGUAUCUUUGGCAAUGAAGAAAUCAUACAGGAGCUCAUCUCAAAGGGAGCUGAUAUUCAUGCUGGCGAUAGUGGCAAUUGGACGGCUCUUCAUCACGCGGCCUGGUCGAGUUCAAACUCAAUUCGACAACUACUAGAUUCUGGAGCAAACCCAAACGCUUCAUCUGACCUCCAGGAAACACCACUUCAUGUGAUCGCGCGUACCAUUUCUGGCAGGGGUUGGACCGAGGACAACAUACGCGCCCUUCAUCAGGCAAGUGCGGAUCUCAACGCAAUCGAUAAGUGGGGUGACACCCCAUUGAUGAACGCCAUCCGAUUGGACAAUGUUGAUGUUGCAAGGGCCUUGGCUAGCUUCGGGUCUAGGUUCGACAAAGCCGAUAGUUUUGGUCUUAGCGUUCUACACCUCCUCAUUGACAGCCAUGCGGGCAAGUGUAUUCGAGAGCUUGCGGCUAGCCAUUGGGACGGAAUCGACCCUGACAUAGGAGAUGGGGACGGCGACUCGCCCCUCGAUAUACUGAAAUUCGAGUGCGAGUAUGAUUAUCAAGGUUCCCCAUACAUUCCUAUUCAGAUCCACGAGGUCAUAGGAGCUGCAGAACUCAUCGUGGAAAUUCGCGAAAGAAACUGGGAGAGACAGUUGUUUCUUGACGCGCAGGAACGUUUCACGGCGGAUGGUUCGCAUCAGAGGAUCAAACUGUGGAUUCGAGAUUUCCAAGAGUGGCUCAAGGCAGAUCGAUGGAUGCCAAGUGAAAACUGGGAUUCAGAGCGGAUGCCCUGGCAUACGGAUCAAAUCGUCCCAGAGGGUGAGUUUGGGGAUGUCGAUCUCGAGACAUGGUCUGUCCGCAAAGCGUGGUGGGAGGAGCAGAGCGACUUCUGGGAGUCUGACGAAGAGGAUGGUGCAUGGAGCGAGGAAGAUCAAGAGUCAGAUGAGGGAGAGGACCCUGUCGAGGAUGAAGAUGGAAGGACAAGCGAUGCAGAAAAUGGUUCGGACCAAGAUGAAAGGGGUGAUGGGGGGGAGUCCGAUGACGAUGAAGCAUUUUUUGAUGCACUGGAGGCUUGA